UUAUAUGGUAUGGAAUGUCAUCUGCCCAAAAAGUAAUUUCAAUCCCUGUAUUCCUUCCUCAUAUAGUAUCUCCUAGGACUUCUGUUCAAAGACGAGAACAAGUCUACAGAGCUGGUCGAGGUUCUACAGCACAUACAGAAAGAGUAUGUUCCAGUGGGCCCAGAUGGACCACAGACCAUUUUGGUUGGGGGCGACAGACUCACCGAAGGGAAUUGCCGGAACCUUCAGUGGGCAUUCGCCGAAGGAGAAAUUGCGGAUGACCGGUUGGAAGGCCUUGUCUUCAAAUUUGAAGACUGGCACGCAAUUAAAAACCUUUUUGAGAUUUAUCAUCGGAUCUUCUACAAAGAUGGCUCAGCGGGAGAUCAUGGGACACUCCAGGCCAAUAUGAAUAAGCUGAGGUAUGCAUGUCUAUCGUGUGAAACAGAGCUAGUAUUUUGUGCAUUUGCAAGUGUUCUUUGUCAAUGUCUGAUGAAUAAAUGAUUGUUUCAAUGUUAACAUUAUAAAUGAAAAUAGAGUGUUCACCAUUUUUAGGUUUCUCUCUCCCUGAUGAACCCAGGCCAUCAUGAAUUAAGGCUCGGUGCUUCAUCACAAGUCAUUCUGCUCUGUCCUAUGAAGGAGGAUGUUGUCCAGCCACCAUGAAUUUAUUACGGCUUGGUACUCCAUCUCUCAUCAUUGUGUGUCUGUCUGUUCGUUGUGUUGGUGUGGUGCGUGCGUGCGUGCAUGCAUGCAUGUGUUUACAUGUGUAUAUUUGUGUGCGUCUCUGUCCCUUCAAGUGGCUUGUGGCCCAGUCUUUUGUCUGCAUGUCUGUUUUUCUAUGUUACAUAGCUCAGUAUUGUGUGCGUGCGUGUGAGGGUUUUGGAGAGGUACCACAUUCUGACGAUGACAGUAGGAGUGUGUGUGUUGAGAGAUCUACUAACUGUUAUGACUUAAUACUUACACAUGUGUUUACCUUGUAUCAUAUCUAGCAUAUCUCAGAAAUACUUGUACUAUAUAUUGUAACAUGUCUUGUAUAUGUUACAAGCCAUUGCCAUCAUUAAUAACAAGUCAUGUCCUUACAGAUGCAGCAAUGCGAAACGCGGCCCACAUGCUGCUUUCAAUGCAUAUAAAGAAUUUGUGAGAAAGGACACUACGGCUCUCUUCUUAGCUGCUGCUAUGGAGCACUUUGGGCUACAGAAAGUGUCAGACGUCCCAGAUGGCUUUAUCCCUUCUGACAUCGCAACGGGCUCACCUGAGGAGAAAAGGCACUGGCUGACAGAGGCAGUCUCCAACGUCGUUGACAGAUUUGUCACUUUUCAAGACAUUUCGGAGUUUGUCAGCGGUGUCACAGACAAAGCCACUGACCUUGCCGAACAGCAAGACAGGGUCCUCUGCCGUGCAGCAGGCUGUGGGCGUGCAUUUAAAUAUGAGAAAUGUAGGCACAAGCACGAAAAACAAAAGCAUGGCUUGUCAGCUCCUCCUGAAGUACCCAAAGAUACUGGCAGACAAAGUGUCUUGUUGGUGGACCACAAAAAAGAACACUCAGAAGCUAGGCUGGCAUUUGGCUUCCUCCUGGCUGACCUGCAGGAUGCGGUGAAGGAGGGUGAUGGGGAGAGGCUGCUGAGACUAUACAGUGUAGCCCUAAUGCUGUUCAAGGCUUACGGUCACACACAGUACGCCUUCAGCACACUCCUCCUGACAGUACAGGUGAAUUGCACUCUUUCUCCAAGGUUAGCGCACAGCCUGACAUGGAACCGUUUUUGGAAUGGCAAGGGAGGAAGAGGAAGAAAUGUGUCCUUGGACCUACACCUGGAACACUUAAACAAUUUUCUCAAAUCCUUCCUGACACGCAGCGGCCCAAAUCUCACUGAACAAACCGCAUCCAGGGUGAGCAGGUCCCUUGGAAUCUGGAAGGAGUUAAUGGACACCACAGAUUCAGAGCUAGAGGUGUCCAGGUCCACAGGUGCCCACCAUGCUGCUCGUCAGACUGAGGAUAUCCUCAUUCUGGUGGAAGUCUUUCAAGACGCAGAGCUCUUCAAGGAGAACCCUGGCAGGGAGUUUUCUGUUUUUCCCAAGUUUAGGCGUGAUCUACUGCUUAAACUCAAACAGUCUGACUUGAGGGCAUGGUUAAAGUCUAAAUUAAAGGAGUGGCAGAACAACCCAAUUUAAGAAUGGUGAUGAGGUACUUCUGAAUUAUUUACUGUAAAUAUUUUUGCACAUAUUUUUUGUAUAACCAGUAACUGUUUUGUCAUUUGUACAUUUGUAACCAUCACAUUUCUGUCUUUUUUACCUUUUUACUUUUACUUAUUGUUUUCCUGUUCUUCUGACUUCCUUUUCUGACCAAAUAGUCUACUUGGGCCUAACUCAAGUUGAAACCCAUGCAUAUAUGUGGUCUUGAUAUAGGAUCGGAGUAUCGGUAUCGGCAGAUAUCCAAAUUCAGACAUUGUGAUCAAAAGGGUAUCUGUGUAUCCCUAACCACUGUACAUUAAAGUAAACCUGUUAAUUAUUUAUUUUCAAAAUUUUGCACAUUUUUCAAUUCAUCAUGUUUGUCCAUGACUGCACAGUGAAAACAAUACCCAGAGUUUUUUCACAAUUAAAUUUUAUUUACAUUUGUU